GAUGAGACGCAGAGAGCCAGACUUUCUGUUUGUAGAGACUCCAUGGACACGAGCAUCAGCAGGUCUUUGUCUCAUUUACAAGACUGGAGCUUUGUGAAGGAAAAGAAGAGGCGGAUUCAAAGAAGUGUGCGUGUUGCUGGCACAUUCAUUCACCUUAGCACUGAGUUCGUAGGAAACAAAACGUGCGCACCACAAGAGGGAGCGGCUUUAUUCUGUUCUCCAAACCUCCUGGACUCUGUGUUACAUUUCAGCUCUUGGUUGAGUUGGUUGGAGCUGUGGAGCCGAAACACAGUCGCCGCUGGAGGAUGUUUGUCACUGUCCUGUUUGGAGACGGCAGGAUGGAAAUGUUAAACCUAAACUGUAAACUGGUCAACUUCAUUCAUCACCUGAAGGAAAAGUGUGGUCUGGACUUCAAAGAGCGCGUGGAGCUGAUGGACAGCGGGGGCCGCGUGAUGAACCUGGAGCCGCUGCAGCACAGCGGGGCCCCGGCCAGCAGCGCGCUGGCAGCCCGGCGGCUCUACGUCCUCCUGCGGGUCUGCCAAGGAAACGAAGAAUCGGGGGGUCGCAAAUACGUCUCUCUCCUGAAUAACACCAAGAGCCACCCGGAGUUUACAGAACUGCUGAAGAAACUAUCAAAUCCCAACCAAGAGGCAGAGAGAAAGGUCAAAAGAUUGCGGACACAAGGGAGUAAAAACAUCUCCUCAACUGUCAGGAAUAACAAAUCUUAAAUAUUUACGAUUUCUUUGACUGUUUAACGAAUGCCUUAUUGUUCAUUAGCUUGUAAUGUUGGUUUUCACAUCAAAAAGGGAACCACCUUCUCUCACAGCAUAGUAUUAUUAAUCAAAACCAACAGGUUAAAAAAAUAUUUCCACUGUUAGCAAUCGGCUCUGAUUACCGAUUUAUGUAUUAACACCAACCAAACCGUAAUGUAUAUCUUGCUUUCUAGAUGCACUCUAUGUUACAGCCACUAUUAGGUUCAGCACAUCUCCAGUCACUGUAGUAUAUUAAAGUUUUCUGCUCUCUCUCUCAAUUUAUGCAUAUUUUGAAAUUUCUGCUGCUGUUAAAAUGAACGCCUGGCUCCAGGUCGGUGUGUCUCCUUGUUGUCGUCUCAUGGCAAUAAGAGACGAAGGUCCAGUGAAUCUCACUGUGAUUACAUAUGGAGUAAUGUGACUGACCAGCAGCAAAUAGAGCAGGACGGUGCUCUAUGGAGGAAAAUAUCCUGGUCGUCUUAUUUUUCUCUCUCACUGCAGCUUUAAAUCAUUUUCAACAUGUCUGUACCAGCUUUGCAUAUCGAGGAAACAAAGAAUAUUGCCCACAUUAAAGGUUUUUGG